UUGUUAAUUCGCGAAUAAAACAGAUUUUUAUACAUUAAUCAGCAAUGUAAGCUCCCUUUUCAAAAUAUGCAUUAAUAACCAGUAUUCAGAAAACAUAAACAAAACCAUGGAAGACUUUACUGGUACAGAGAAAAUAAUCGUUUGUAAAGCAAAGUCUUGUGCGGCCCCGGACUGCGACCGCCUCUUGAAGCGACAGACGGCGCGGCAGAAGUCUUUCAACUCCACUGAAGUGACAAAGCCCCUGGCCACAGCGAGGCUGAAGAAAAGCAAGCUGGGAGACACUUCGACACCAAGCAGCCCCGUAGGUCGAGUCAUGACGCCAAUAGAAAUCCACAUGGACAAUCCUACCUUUGACACGACAACCUUUCAGGGCAUAGACAGUGGCUCCGUCCUAUCCAUGAACUUCUCCCAUUAUGAAAUGAUGCGCAACCUGUCCCAGCCUAACGCUUCAGUAGGAGCCUUCAGCGGCCCUCAACACAACUCCCUCGGACAGCCAAAUGAGCAGCUCGAGAGAUACUUCCGCAGUGUAGAACUUUGGAACAAAAUGAAAAAUCUGGGACCCACAACUGAGACACAAAAGGAAUAAAAAUAAAACCUCCCGAUGAACGAUUAUGUAAAUUUUAAAAUUUUAUUUAUUCAAAGAAAAUUUACAAUAAUAGUAACAGAAUAAUUCGAAUUUACAAAUGAAUCGUACCGAUCUAUACAACACUAACUCUUAGUCAAGAUGAUAAGAAUUUGUAACACUGAUUAACAAUCAAUAUGGAGUUGUCCAGCUAAGGUCACGCCAUGUAUAAAUACAUUUAAUUAUGAACUACUGAA